UUCGACAAGAUGGCUGAAACUGAGGAUGAGAACUCGACUCCUGUUACCAAAAUGGAGUUUAAGGAGUACUCAGGACCGGAGUAGGAGUCUCUCCAGAAGUACCUACCCGUGUACCAGCAGCUGGUGGAGGUGGUACCAAGCAGUACCCUCAUGCCAGCCACCUACAAGAAGUACCAUGAUCAGUACCAGAGAUUCCAGUCGCGACCUACCGACGUUUGGAUCGCAUCAUAUCCUAAAGCAGGUACGACAUGGACACAGGAGAUGGUGUGGUGCUUGCUCUUCACUCUGCAGUCGCCUCGUCUUACAGAACUCCUGCCUGCCCGCUCACCGUUCUUCGAGUGGGACUCGCUCUUCCCGGACUGGCACUCCAUGGAGCACCUGCCUGAUGGUGACGUCAACAAGAAGGGCCCACGCAACAUUAAGACUCACGUCCACUGGGCCCUGCUACCGCCCUCUGUACACGCCUCGAAUGCCAAGAUCGUGUACAUGUGUCGUGACCCCCGUGACCUCUGUGUCUCGUAUUACUACCACCAUAUAAAACUCGAGGGCUACACCGGCGACUUCAACACCUUCGUCAAGAUAUUCCUUGCCGACGCACGACUUGCCCGGGACUCUGCUCCGACUUAUUGGAGCGGACAUAAAUCUAACUUACAAUGCGAUUGUUUUAUCUCCUUCAGCAGCAUGAGCACCAACCCGGCCACCAACAACGAGGUGCUCGCUGCGGGAGCCAUCAACCCAACCAUGGCAGGACAGGUCAAGUUUAUGAGACAAGGCAAGGUUGACGACCACGCCAGUCACUUGAGCGCCCAACAACUCCAGCAGUUCAAGAAGUGGACGGAGGAGGCGUUGAAAGAUUCAGACUUCCCAUACUAUCGCAAUUACGAGUAACGUUUACUGAAUAAUUCUAUUUUAACCAUUUAAUGUUAAUGAGCAACCUUGUAGGCCGUAUUGUCGUGUGUGGGUUGUGAGUAACUUUGCGACGUUUUCUCUUACUCAUACAGCAUUUGUAGGGUUCGUUGCUACUGUAAAGGUAUAUUUAAAUUAAUUGUUGAUAAGGUAAAAGUAUAUUUGAAUUCAUGACUUAUUAUCAGCAUGAUAGAAAAUGUAACUAAAUUGCUAUAAAUAUUAUUUAUUUAAUUACUGCUAUAAUAAAGGUAUAUUUGAAUUCAUGACUUAUUACUAGC